GACAAGCAGCAGCAGCAGCAGCAGCAGCAGCAGCAGCAGCAGGGAGAAAAUUAGCGACGAGCACAUCGUGAAGGCAAAAGGACACGAGCACGCACCGCUUGAUUACGCGGCCAGAGCAAACGGUCGACUGACGCGCGCAACGAGAUCGGUUAACAGGCGAUCCCCAUCGAUUCGAUAGAGUUAAAUCGAUAUCGAACGGGGCGCGCGUUCGAGGUUUCGCGUCUCUCAAGUCAAGAACACGCGCAGCAACAAAUGAAAAUCGUGCGACGAUCGUAGCCAUUCUGACGGUUCUCUCGCGGAACAUUCCCGUUCCGUUCGCCCGUCACUCCUCGUCCUCUGGUAUCGUCGUCGUCACCUACCUCCCUCUCGAUCAUGAAGAUUCUUAUGCGAGCUGAUACCCAUGUGGACAUCGAAUUACCGGGCAACGCGCCAGUCGCUAAAUGCACCUUCACUCAGGUACUGGCCGCCCUAUCGGUGUCAAUGGGCUCCAUGGUGGUCGGUUACUCGAGUUCCUACACCUCCCCGGGUUUGGUCUCGAUGCGGGACAAUGCGACGGCUACGUUCGAAGUGACGAAGGAAGUUGGUAUGUGGAUAGGAUCGAUCAUGCCGUUGAGCGCGCUUUUCGGAGGCAUAGCCGGUGGUCCGUGCAUCGAGUACCUCGGUAGAAGGAACACCAUUCUCUCCACCGCUUUACCGUUCAUCGCAGCCUGGCUAUUGAUCGCGCUGGCAACGAAUGUCGCGAUGGUACUGGUCGGUCGCGCCCUCUGCGGCUUCUGCGUCGGCAUCGCUUCGCUCUCCUUGCCGGUCUACCUUGGCGAAACGAUACAGGCCGAGGUACGAGGCACCCUUGGACUAUUACCAACCGCUUUUGGCAACACAGGGAUUUUACUCUGCUUCGUGGUGGGCAUGUAUCUCGACUGGAGAAACCUGGCGUUAGUGGGCGCCAGUUUACCGAUACCGUUCCUCAUACUCAUGUUCACCAUCCCCGAAACUCCGAGGUGGUACAUCUCCAAGGGGAAGAAGAAGAGAGCGAGGAAAGCGCUGCAGUGGUUGAGGGGCAAGGGCACCGAUAUCACCGACGAGAUGUCCGCCGUCGAGAGGUUGCACACGGAGAGCGAGCGUAACGUGUCGCAGGGUGCGUUCAUGGAACUGUUCAAGAAAAGCCAUCUCAAGCCGCUUCUCAUUUCCCUCGGCCUGAUGUUCUUCCAACAGCUGUCUGGUAUCAACGCGGUCAUAUUCUACACCGUGCAAAUUUUCAAGGACGCUGGGAGCAGUAUCGACGAGAAUCUCUCCACCAUCUUCGUAGGAAUCGUCAACUUCAUCUCUACGUUCGUCGCGGCAGCUGUUAUCGACAAAUUGGGCAGAAAGAUGUUGCUCUACAUAAGCGGCAUAUCUAUGUGUAUAACUCUGUUCACCUUCGGUACGUUCUUCUACGUGAAGGCAGGGGGGGCGGACGUGUCGGCAUUUGGCUGGAUACCCCUAGUCAGCCUUGUCGUUUACGUGAUCGGGUUCUCCCUUGGAUUCGGCCCUAUCCCCUGGCUGAUGAUGGGCGAGAUCUUGCCCGUCAAGAUACGCGGCUCUGCCGCCAGCGUCGCCACAGCAUUCAACUGGACGUGCACGUUCGUCGUUACCAAGACUUACGAGGAUCUGGUCUCGGUGAUAGGGCCACACGGGGCCUUCUGGAUGUUCGGCACGAUCGUUCUCGUCGGUUUCUUCUUCGUGAUCGCCUGCGUCCCAGAGACCCGAGGCAGAUCUCUCGAAGAGAUCGAGAAGAGAUUUUCCGGUCCGGUGAGAAGAAUGAGCGCGGUUGCUAACAUGAAGCCUAUGCCAAUGGCCUGUUAACCGCUUCUCCCCCUAUCCAUAGCUAGCCAAUCAGUUGUAAUGUAUACGUUGCGAUACUUUAUAUCGUAUACGUCUACAUAGUUCCUCCUCCUGUCGGCAACAACGAGAGCGAAACGGACGAUGGACCGUCUUCCGGAUCGAUUCUCUCCAUCUCGAUCUCGAACGCGAUCAACCUUCCCCCUCGUCGGAGGGCGACAGAUAUUAAUAUACUAUUGCGAAUGCAAGCUCAACGAAAAGAACGAUCCGCUGUUGACUGGACACGUCGUGCGCGUCGUAACCCUUACUUUUGUUAUUAGAUAGUUUUUACAGGGUCUACCUCAAGUUAGUACUUUUACUAAAGGUAUACGAGUAGGUUAACGGCGACCGCGAAAUAUUUCAAUUACACAUUUUGUGUAUGAAUGUGCAAGUACGCCGAUACGUUGUACUUACGGAGAUGCGUAUGACACGCGUAUCGUAUUACAAACGAUGUAAGUAACGCGUACAAACGAUGCCGAAAACAGCAACGAAUUUUUCUCGUUCUUUACUACCAGCGACAAUAAACGAGAGCGCGAUCAUCAGCCAACAAUUCUCCUCCGUCAUCUCUCUAUCGAUGUCGGCCGUCGAGUUUGUAUUGUACAUACAUAUGUAGUUAGUUACCGAUCUGCGUCAACGGAUAACUGCAUCAUUUACCAACGAAUUAAAUUCUAAGAUAUACAUAUAGUUAAGAAACAGAGAUAGAAGUAACGCGCGUUUAUUUUUUCAUCGUUAAACUUUGUACAACUGUACCAGGCUAAAGGAAAGGCACCGCGCGUCAAAGGAACGAACGAUAAGAAACGACGUGCAUAUCUGUGUAACGUACAAUCGCGCCCGAUUAAUCACCGAAAAACAACGCGACUCUUCUCAUUUUUCUCGCCGGCUUUCCAGAGAACUGUUUCUCUUAUUAUUAUUCAUAACGCGAAAGAGGUGCGCCGCUUGUAAUUUCCGAUAGCCCCCGGGGAUCCCAAUCGAAUCUCUACGAUAAGCGCCCCUCACCUUCCGUCCUUCCGUCCUUCCACACUGUCCCUUCGUUCCUACUCUGCUGCCACUAUCUUUCAUUUUCCUUCUUAGCCUUCUUUUCGCGCGGAUGCACACCGUUCUCGGUAAAAACUGCCUCUGUCCUCGCAAUCUCAUUCCGAAUCUCAGCACUAGGACGAGACGAGACGAGACGAGACGAGACGAGACGAGACGAGACGAGACGAGACCUAGACCUAGACCGAGACGAGACAAGACAGCGUCACGAAACAUUCCUCUUGUACGGUUUCACCUAUACAAUCUCGAAUCGAAUUCAUCGAGAAAAUUUUACGUUUCGUACGCAAAAUCCGACUUCAUAUUUUUACUUUUCCAUCGUUGUUUGUAUUUACCUGACAAACAAUUUUACCGUAUGCCAGUUGGCCGCAAGGUGCUUGCCAAAUUUCGAAAAAAAUUCGAUUAAGAUGUCUUUAAAGCUGUACACUACUCGCGUUAAGUUUACACGUCUAAUUUUAUAAAUUAUUAAAAUAUAACGUUUGACACAAAUCCUCGUUUCUUUUCCCACCCUUCUCGUCCCAACCACUUCCAAUCGACAGACAGUUCCCCUAUCCCCACCUCUGUCGAUUCUCUCGCUCAGCAUGUACAUAUAUAGCAUACGCACACCACGCUCGCCGUAUUACAUUUCAUAGAUACGGGAUCCCAUGCGGACCGAGCUUGUACUCGCGCGUUUCUAUUUUUUCCGGUGAACGCGCGUAACAAACGAUCGAGAAACAACGCC